AUGGUGUCCAAAUCUAGGAUGUACAAUUGGUACAUCGCUAUGGUAGCCGCAGGGUGCAUGGUUCUUUACGGAUAUGACGCCGCAGUCUUCAAUGCUGUUCAGAAGAAUGAGCACUGGCUAUCACAUUUCAACAAGCCGCAAGGCAAUCUGUUAGGAUUGAUCAACACAUCGUAUUCUAUCGGUGCCAUUGUUUCUGGAUGGUUUAUCGGAGGACCUACUGCCGAUUUCUUGGGUAGACGUUGGGGAAUGGGGAUAGGUUGUUUUAUUACCGUCAUUGCAACUCUCAUCCAAGCCUUCGCACCAAGACAUCAAGUCGGCGUCUUCAUCCUAGGUCGUGUGAUUAUUGGUAUUGGACAAGGAAUGGCUUUGACCGCUGGACCAUGCUACAUCGGAGAAGUGACCGCACCAAGCAUUCGAGGAAAGGUGAUGUCUUUCUGGCAGAUGUUUUAUUCGGUUGGAUCCUUCAUCGCGUACUGGGUCGCAUAUGCCACAGCCAAGCACUCCAAGGCUCUAGGUGAUUGGGAUUGGAGAAUGGUCGUGAUAUUCCAAAUGCUGGUCCCACUCAUCAUCAUCGUUCAACUUCCUUUCAUGCCCGAAUCGCCCCGUUUCUUGGCAAAGAAAGACCGUAUCGACGAGGCACGAGCUGCUCUCAGGUCAGUUCGGGAUACUGAACAAGAAGUCGAAGACGAGCUUUUGACUAUCCGCGAAGCUAUCACAUACGAGAGGGAAGUCGUUUCUUCGUCCUACUCGGCAUUGUACAAGGACAAGUCUAUCAGAAAGAGAAUGGCUCUUGCUUUCGUCAUCAACGUUGGUCAGCAGCUUACCGGACAGGGAACACUCAACAGUUACUCCUCCACCAUCUACAAGAAAGUCUUCAAGGACAUUGACACCAUCAAUCUUAUCAACGCUCUCAACGCUACUUGCGGUAUUCUUUUCACCUUGAAUGCAACCUGGACUGUGGACAGAUUUGGUCGAAAAUUCCUCUUCAUUGUCGGUGCCAUUGGCAUGGCUAUGUGUAUGUUGAUCGUCCCCAUCAUCGGUCUUGAGACACCCGGCAACGAAACGAAAUCUCAACCCGUCGGUAUCGCGAUUACAGCUAUGCUCUUCCUCUUCAUCUUCUUUUACAAGCCAUCUUGGGGAGCAACGACUUGGAUUUGGACCGCCGAGAUCUUUUCCAUGAAUGUCAGAACACAGGCUGUGGGAAUGUGCUCUCAAAUGCAGAAUGUUGCACAGUGCAUCUUCAACCAGUUUUUCCCAACCUUCUACGCCAAUUGUGGAUUAAAAUCGUUCUUCUUCUUCAUGACGACCAACAUUCUCCUCGCUGUCUUUGUGUACUUCAUGAUCCCUGAAACCAAGUCUGUCGCUUUGGAAGAGAUCGACGUGCUCUUUGGCGGCGCAAACCACACUGAAAAGGGUGGAGAUCUAUUGCAUGUAGAGGAUGCACACCACGCACACAUUGGUGUUGACAAUGUUGCCGGCCACGAGGACAAAAUCUCUCCUGUUGUCCAGCACGAGCAGGUCCCUGCAAAGGAACUGAAGAUAUAA